AAAGAGCAGGUUGCUUGGAAGGGUCAAGAUGGCGAACUUUGGUGGUCUUACUUAAGCCGAUCGGCCCAAUUAGGUAUUCUAGAAAAGCUACAAUUUAAUGAAAUUCAAUCAGUUCUACACAUAGUCUGGAAUUAAAAGCAGUGGACUAGAAACUGCUCGCGCUUAGACUUACGCCACGGGUUCGAGCAAACAGAGCCUCUUGUCUCUGGUACUCAGGUUUAUCAGAAUUUCAAUAGAACAUGGAUACGUCUACAGGCACGUUGCUGAAUGGGGCGGUGAAGCAUCCCCUUUUGUUGGCGGAUCCGUGGUUUAUGAUCACCGUGCUGGGCCUCUACCUUUACGUGGUGAACAGCGUCCUUCCGCAAUUCAUGCUGUUCCGCAAGCCAUUUGAGCUAAAGAAAUUUAUGCUACUGCAUAAUGUUAUCCAGGUGGUGUCCUGUAUUUAUGUCAUUCGUGAGAUUCUUUUCGUUACGGAUAAUGGUGUUAUUUACUUCUGGAAGUGCCGCCAACUGAGCCAAAGUACUGAGAAUGUGCGGCGACACUUCAGCCUGGCCUACUUCCUAUUUUGGCUGAAGCUAUCCGAGCUGGUGGAGACUAUGAUCUUUGUGCUGCGCCAGAAACAGAACCAGGUGACCAAGCUGCACCUCUUCCAUCAUGUGGCCACUUUGACGCUCGUCUAUCUGCUGAUUCACUACAAUCAAAAUGGUUCUUCCGCCUACUUCUGCGCCUUCCUCAACUCCAUUGUGCACAUCAUCAUGUACUCCUACUACUUCGUAGCAGCGGUGGCAGACAAGUCCAUAGUGCGCACUUUGCAGCCCAUUAAAAAGUCCAUCACAGUGAUCCAAAUGGUGCAGUUCGCCCUCAUCCUUGUCCAGCUGCCAACCCAGAUCGUUCUGUGCGGCGUACCUCGGGGAGUAAUUAUCUACUUUGGCACCGUGAUUAUUGCCAUGUUCUAUGGAUUCUACGACUUCUACACUAAUGCCUACAAGUCCGAUCAUCGCGUCAAAAAUCGGGAGUGAAACAAAAUGUACACAAAAUAUAUAGUCCCAGCAGACUGUGAAAAGCGAA